GUACCGGAGCUCAAUCUACCCAUACUUAAGACAACACGUGAUUAUUACUGUCAAUAUUGUGACAAAGUAUAUAAAUCGAGUUCCAAAAGGAAAGCUCACAUAAUGAAGAACCAUCCGGGAAAAUCGCUGCCACUGUCUAACCGACAUAAGGGAGGUAUACCAGUGAUACCGGGGAUCCCAAACCCCACGUACAGCGCAACUGUAGGCAGUAUAACAACUCACCCGCACUACUGUGACUGGUGUCACAAACAGUACGCCAGUAAAGCCAAACUACUUCAACACCAGCGCAAGAAACAUCCGGAACAGAUGGCUAUCAUCAACACCAACGCCCGCUCACGACAGCGCUCUCUCGCCAUGACGUCGACGCCUAUAAUGAGCCAAACGAUGCCAUCGCAGGCCAUAACCCAAACGCCGAACAUAAUGUCCAGCCAUAGCCCCAACCAAUCGACGGUCUCAAUGGGAGCCAACAAUAAUCUGAUUACAAUAUUAGGAAAUCUCAAUAGCAUUAUAUCGGCGACAAUGGGCAACGAUUUGUCCCAAUCAAACACAUCUUCAGCCGAUCUUCAGGAACUACUUCAGGGCAGCUCUGGUGACCUCUUGACCCAAGCCAUGUCCGAAUUGACGGCAACUAAGGGCGACGGCAACGCCACUAUCAUCAUCACCGCUCAUCCCUCAGACGAUGACCACUGGAGUCAAGUCUGCGAAGAGAUGGCCUAAGUUUAACACCUAUUCGCACACAACCCAACACUCAGGUGUACUUAUAGUGUAUCCACUGUUCAACUGUACAUUAAUUAUAUAUUUUAUACAAUCAUUUGCAACUUAAUUCAGGCAAAUAUUAAUAUAAAUCUAUUGAUCUCGUGAUAAAUUUAGUUUGAAAGCCGCCGUUAGUGUAAAAAACAAUAUAACCGCCAAAAUUAAACCAUAAUUUAAACAUAUUUUUACUGUAAAUCUAAUGUAAACUACACUUUAAUGAGAAACUAAUUUGUUUUUU